CGACCGGGAGUGGCAAGUUAGGCAGUCAUGGCUGAGGUGAGGGGUAGCUUUUCAGCCGGGGAGGGGGGUGCGGAGUAGCGGCGUCGCUCUCCCUGAGGCGAUUCCCGUCCUCCUCCGUUAGCGGUCCGUAUCGAGGAGCCCCCCCCCCCACAAUAGAAACUCCUCUCACGGACUCCCCUUCUCAAAAAAGGCCCUCCCUUCCUUUCCCCUUCUCCCACAGUAAGAAAAGCCCCUGACCGCCCCCCCUCAAGUUUACAUAGGAGUUCAUAUACUCUUUCCUCAGAUACUAUUGCCUUUGUUCAGGCUCCUCUUUUUUAGUUUUCCAAAUUAAAACUUCUCCCCUUCCCUUUCCAUAGACAGGCACACUAACCCCCUCCCUUGGCCUUAAGUUCAGUAGGCCGCCACGAGUUCUCAGGUAGUCGCAAUUGGUCCCAAAUCUGGUUUGCCAAAGGACCCCUCCCCCUCCCAGGACACAUUGACCCCCCCCAAGGCACUUGAUGUAAGAAGCACUUUGCGCUCCCCCCCCCCCCGCCCUUGUAAGCAAGUCCUUGGGCUGCGCGGUCUCAUCUGGCUUGGCAAAGGGCACCCCAGCUCUUCUGUUCUCCGCUGGUUUCUUGCCUGCCUUCCUCCAGCUAUUUCUUCAUCGUGUUUCUUGCUGAGUUCUUUGCCUUUGUUGCUUUCUCUAGCCACCCUCAAUAAACUACAUACCCGCCUUUUGGCUUUGCCCACCCUGCAAAAAAAUUGAAUAAGCCCAUAUUCUCUGAAAAAGUCAGAGUGUGAGAUAAACUGCAGCGGAUCUUACCGUAUUGUAGUUUCUUCCAUCAAGGGCUGAGGCAACUUUGGCAAAUUCUCUUAUAUUCUCCCCCCUCUCCCACGAGAAUCCUUGUCUGCACCUCUUUCAUCAAAGUCAAACCAUAGCUAAAGGCCCCUUGGUAUCUGAAAGCGUGGCAAGGAGGUGCUUUGCCUCUUCAUUGUUUAGGUAGUUUUCCCAUUCAAGUAUCAAGAAAACCCUGUAACGAAUAGGGAGUGUUUUUUCCUACAGAAGUUGUCAGAGCUCUUCCUACCUGUGAUUUAGGCAACUUUGUGAAACUGUCACUUCAAAAAGGGCAGCACUUAGAUACCUGUUUGUACCUCAACACUUUCUUAUCAGGGAUAUAAAUAUUAGGGUUAAAAACAAGGCUCAGAGGCAUGUUAGAGUUGCUAGGCCUCAGCCUUUUCUUCCAGAGAAGGCAAGAAGGGGCUAAGUGUGCCUCCUAGGUUUUUUUUUGUGUGGCUUGUCUCCUGCCCGUUGAAGCCUCUUGUUCUGUGGUGCAGCAGGGUCCAGCUGUGCCCUUGGUGGCGUAGUAGGCUUUCCAGGCCUUUUGCCAUGGCUGGUGCCAUUGCAUCUCGGAUGAGUUUCAGCUCUCUGAAGAGAAAGCAGCCGAAAACGUUCACAGUGCGGAUUAUGACCAUGGAUGCAGAGAUGGAAUUCAAUUGCGAGGUGAAAUGGAAAGGAAAGGACUUGUUUGAUCUGGUAUGUAGGACCUUAGGCCUCCGUGAAACCUGGUUCUUUGGACUGCAGUACAUGAUCAAGGACACUAUGGCCUGGCUCAAAAUGGACAAGAAGGUCCUGGACCAUGACGUCCCCAAGGAGGAGCCAGUCACUUUUCACUUCCUAGCCAAAUUUUAUCCAGAGAAUGCUGAGGAGGAGCUUGUUCAAGAGAUAACUCAGCACUUAUUCUUUCUUCAGGUAAAGAAGCAGAUCUUAGAUGAGAAGAUCUACUGUCCACCUGAGGCAUCUGUUCUCCUUGCCUCCUAUGCAGUCCAAGCAAAGUAUGGAGAUUACGAUCCCACGGUUCACAAGCGGGGCUUCCUGGCUCAAGAGGAGCUACUUCCCAAGCGGGUUAUAAACCUUUACCAGAUGACCCCAGAAAUGUGGGAGGAAAGAAUAACAGCCUGGUAUGGCCAACAUCGAGGCAGAGCCAGGGAUGAGGCUGAAAUGGAGUAUCUGAAGAUUGCUCAGGACCUAGAGAUGUAUGGUGUGAAUUACUUUGCUAUUAGGAAUAAGAAAGGAACUGAACUGCUGCUGGGAGUUGAUGCCUUGGGUCUCCACAUAUAUGACCUGGAAAACAAGUUGACCCCCAAAAUCUCCUUUCCGUGGAAUGAGAUUCGGAAUGUCUCUUAUAGUGACAAGGAGUUUACGAUAAAGCCAUUGGAUAAAAAAACUGAUGUGUUCAAAUUCAACUCCUCAAAGCUACGUGUAAAUAAACUGAUCCUUCAGCUGUGCAUUGGGAACCAUGACUUGUUCAUGAGGAGGCGGAAAGCAGAUUCCCUUGAGGUCCAGCAGAUGAAAGCACAAGCCAGGGAGGAGAAGGCCAGGAAACAGAUGGAGCGCCAACGUUUAGCCCGAGAGAAACAGAUGAGAGAAGAGGCUGAGCGAACAAGGGAUGAGUUAGAGAGGAGGCUGUUGCAAUUAAAAGAGGAGGCAACAAUGGCUAAUGAAGCCCUGAUGCGUUCUGAAGAAACAGCAGACUUACUGGCUGAAAAAGCCCAGAUUACAGAAGAGGAAGCAAAACUCCUGGCUCAGAAAGCAGCUGAAGCAGAGCAGGAGAUGCAGCGGAUCAAGGCUACAGCCAUCCGGACAGAGGAUGAAAAACGCCUUAUGGAGCAAAAGGUACUAGAGGCAGAGAUGUUGGCACUGAAGAUGGCAGAAGAAUCUGAACGAAGGGCAAAGGAGGCAGAUCAGCUCAAGCAGGACCUGCAGGAAGCUCGUGAUUCUGAGCGCAGAGCCAAGCAGAAGCUUUUGGAAAUUACCAGCAAGUCAUCUUACACACAGCCCAUGAAUUCAAGUACAACCACACUGCCUGCCGACUUGCCGACCUUCAGCCUCAUCAGUGAAAGCUUGUCCUUUGACUUCAAGGAUACAGACAUGAAGAGAUUGUCCAUGGAGAUAGAGAAAGAGAAAGUGGAGUACAUGGAGAAGAGCAAGCAUCUCCAAGAGCAGCUAAAUGAGCUGAAGACUGAAAUAGAGGCUCUAAAGUUGAAGGAGAGGGAGACAGCUAUGGAUAUAUUGCACAAUGAGAACAGCGACAGGGGAAAUAGCAAACACAACACCAUCAAAAAGCCUCAAGCCCAGGGCAGAAGACCUAUCUGCAUUUGAGACUUCAAAGUAGGCUAUUCCAAGCUCACCUUGCAAAGCACAAAGUCCCGUGUGGCCUUCUUCGAGGAGCUGUAAUAAGUGAGCCAGUACUUUCUCCUGAGCCAGCUCACACCCGAUGGAACCUUCUGGAGGACUCAGCUGCAAUCUCUCCCUGGUUGCCAUCUGGACUGGGACCUUCUUCACAUGCAGUGGACUUUGGCUGUCGGAGGAGUCCAGUGUGAUGCUCUUUAGCAUAGAAUUAUAGUUUUUAAUAAUCUUUGUAUAACACACAGCUGUGAUAUAUCUUUUAGCUUUUUAAAGUGUUUGUAUUGACUGUGACUUGUAAUCUCCUCCUGAGACAGAAAGGCAUCGUAGCAUUGUUCUUUUCCCCAGCUGGCCCUCCCUAGGAGUGCCGUGAAUGAUGCUUCUUCCCCCUGCAGGCAGAGAGGGGUAGCCUUUUGCUGAAGCUCCCAUGUAUAGAUUUUUAACCUUAGUGUCUACAGUUCUGCCCAAAAACCCAUUGUAUGGUUUUGGUGCUUGUGCAACAAAAUGAACUCUUUAGCCAGGAUCCUCAUUGAACUGUACAAGAGUCUGGACUGGGAGUGCUCUGGCAUCUCUCACGGACUCUCGCCCUCUUCCUGAGCCAUUUCAAGGGGAGGAAUGUGUGCUGAGCUUUGAAGGAGGGCCUGUCUUGGUUUGCGUCGUACUCGGAGAAGAUGAAAUCCUUCAUUAGUUUGGUGCUUGGCGAGUGCAACUCCCACUUUUACGGUUUGAUGAGGUACAUCUUUUUGGAAUUUUGCAAAUUUGGGGGUUUUUUUAAAAGCAAAAACUGGGGCUGCACCUGGCAAGGAAGAAGGGAGAAUAUGAGGUACUGGGAAAUUGGAAGUGCAGUAGCUCUGACAAGGUGCUGUGCAGGAUGCAGAAUGUAUCUGUAUGCACGCAACAGACCUCUAGCACUGACCACUGAAAAUCCUGCCCUCUAGGGAUUUUGUCUUUAGAAGACUUAUGCUGGCCCGUCUUUCUUUCUUUUUCUUUUUUUGUCCAGCCACCAUAGCUGGAAUCUUGCUUUCAUACAACAACAUGGUUGGUUUUAUUCCAUCAGAAAUGUGUAGCCAUGCAGAAUACAACACCCAAAGCAUUGUGAGAUGAUUACCUAGUGGGCAAAAUGGGUACACUGCCCUACUGCUCAUCUUCAAGUGGUUUUUAAAAAUCUUUUUGUCAUUAAAAAAAAAAUCACAAGACGUGUAUUUUUUUUUUAAAUCUUAGACAACGGUCUACUUUUCAGGCAGUAAACAGUUCCCUUUUCCAUAUCAUUAGCAAGGUCAUAAAAUAUAAGAAGCUGAAAGUUGUAAAGGUUGGUGUUCUAACCCAAGUGGAGUUUCUGUAAGGUUCAAAGCAAUAUUGUUAGCAAAAAAAAUCGCAACAACAAUAGCUUUCCCCACUGCCACACCUGUAAACGUAGUUUUGUCUCGCUCAUCCCUCAUGUAAUCUCUCUGCAGACGCAAGCAGAAGACUGCACUUACUAGCAAAAGCUCUUCAAGUGACAAUGGCUUGCUUUGACAAAGAGAGUGAGCCAGUAGAGUCAAAUCCACAUGGUUGUCCAGGCAGUUGCCAGGUUCAGCCUCUUGAGGCUCAAACGCCCCAAUAACUUAAACACGGCUUCCUACUUAACAAACUGUUUUCUGGAUGCCUGAUAAGGAUGGGCCUUUGGAGUAAAAGACAUUUGAUCCCAACAGCUCUCUCUCUUACCGUUAAGGGCUUGUUACAUUUUCAAAGCUGCUUUUGUAUACCCAUUAAUUUUGAAACUGACAUCUUCUAAGUGCUGCUGUUUUUUUUCCCCUUUAUGCUUUUACCCUGCAUGCAUUGAAGCCUUAGGGAUGUACACCUGUAUCCAUCUUUUCCUGAGAAAGCCACAAGACUUGCAGUAGAAUUGUUUUUAGUGUCUAAGAUGGUUGUCUAGGUUGUUACUGAACUGAUGUCCAGCUGCUCUUAAGUGGACCAAGGCCUCCAAAGUUGUCACCCACCAUCUAGUUUCUUUCAAUCCAGCCACUAUCAGUCAAAAUUUAAACUUUUCAAAUUCUACUUAUGUUUACUCUGCAUUCAUGCUUUGACACAGACUAUCUGCUGCAACUGGUUUGUCUUUGCCUCUACUUUGUGGAACCAGGGAGCAGAUAGUACCACAGCAUUGAAGUAGGAGGUAGGAGUGCAAGCUAGAUUUUCUGCCAUGGCCAGGUCCACACGCCCUUCUGAUCCUCUCCAAAAACCUCUGUCUGCCCAUUGAACUGACACCUGUGGUGCAGAUUGGCUGUCCAGUUUUAGAACAAUGUUAUUGCAUUUCAACAGGGGAAAAUGCUGUUUGCUGUCUAAAGCAUGGAGCAGCCCUGUACUGAUGUACCUGGCUGUCUGUUACAGAGCAGGGACUCUGGCCUGGGAGUGGCAUAAUAUCUAGAUAGUCUGAUUCCUGGCACUCUUCUCUUAAGCAUUGCCACUAGGUACCAGGCUUAAGUUUGGCCCAGAUGUUCAGCCCAAGGCUUGAUGCAGUAAACCUACUUGCCCUGGCUUGUUUUAGCAGUUGAAUUUUCUUAGCACUUUUAUUUUUAAAGAUGUCCUCAUCUGAACUGAAUCUUUCAGAAAAGUUUGUCUGAAAUUCAGAUGUCUGAAGCAGCCUCUCCCACCUGUCCCCUGUUAUAUUUUUCCUUAUACAAGAUCCGGUACAGGUAGACACUAUUUUCUAUUUCCAUGGAUUGUUAUAUACUCUGCACAACCAACUGUUUUAUUGUUUAGGUUUAAUAAAAAUUCUGAACAUUUGGA